AUGAACUAUAAACCGCUUACGAUAACCCAAACCAAUGUAGAUGGCAAUCAAGCCAUCAAGGCACUCUUUGAACUCCAAAACUUCCCAAACAACGCCAUCCUACUAGGCGACUUCAACCUCCACCACCCCAACUGGAAUCCCCUCCAUCCAUCCCCUUCAACGCUAGCCGAACCCUUUGUAGAAUGGUCAAACUCCCGGAAUCUACACCUCAUCUCCCCAAUCGGAACUCCUACUCACUCAAAGGGAAACGUCUUGGACCUCACCUUCCUCUCAGGGCCCUAUACAGCGUAUACCGCCCUCGCUGAACAACUAGAGUGCACCUCAGAUCACAGCACCCUAAAAACCUACCUUCACUGGAAUUACCGAAGCCAAAAGCCUGCAAAGAAACUCAAGCUAAAUAUAUUGAAUGAAACGCUCUUUAAAGACCUACUAGAAACUAAUCUCACCAACAUUGCAGCUAUCCCCAGGACACCCUCUCUAAGAGACCUAGAUCAAGCCGCAUCAUCCCUUACACAAGCCCUUACAAAAGCCUAUACAGGAUCUGCAAGAAGAUCCAUAAACGGGCUUCUUCAACAAUCUUGGUAG